AUGAAACUUCACUCUUCUCUUCUCUUCUUUCAUGUCUUCUUCCAAUUCUAUACUCUUUCUGCUACUCUCAACUCAGAUGGCUUAGCACUUUUAUCAUUCAAAUCUCACUGGACAUCACUUCCACCUCUUAUAAACUCAACAUGGAUUCCAUCUCAUUCAACACCAUGUUCAUGGGCUGGUCUCAAAUGCAACUCUUUCCACCGUGUUAUCUCUCUCAACCUUUCCUAUCUUGAUAUUUACGGUCAACUAGGACCUGAAAUCGCAAACUGCACACAACUCCAACACUUAGACCUUAGUUACAACUAUUUCAAUGGCCAAAUACCUUACUCUUUCACUAACCUUCACAAUCUCAAAUAUCUUGAUCUUUCUGUAAAUCUUCUCACAGCUCCAUUCCCUCAUUUCUUGUCUCAAAUCCCUCACCUCAAGCUUCUUGAUCUCUCUUACAACCAACUUCACGGUUCCAUUUCAACUACUAUUGCCAACAUGACUCAUCUCCAAGAAUUGUACCUCCAGUUUAACAACUUCUCUGGUGCAAUUCCUUCAUCUAUUGGGAACUGUACUCAGUUACAAGACUUGUAUUUGAAUUAUAAUCAAUUGGAGGGUCUUCUUCCUUACAGCCUCAACAAUCUCAAUCAUCUUCUUAACUUUGAUGUUGCCAACAAUAAACUAACAGGUGCUAUUCCAUUGUGUUUUUCUGGUUGUAGAAAUUUACAGUUUUUGGAUAUCUCAUUCAAUGAUUUUGGUAGUGGCAUUCCAUAUAGCAUUGGUAAUUGUACUGCUUUAUCACAAUUUGCUGCUGUGAAAUCUAACUUGGUUGGAACUAUUCCAUCUUCCAUUGGUCUGCUCACCGAGCUUUCAAUUCUUCGCCUUUCCGAGAAUCAUUUGUCUGGUAAAAUACCUUCUGAAAUAGGUAACUGUGAGUCUUUGAAGGAGUUGCAUUUGUACUCCAAUCGACUUGAUGGAAACAUUCCGAGUGAAAUGGGAAAACUCGGCGAGUUACGCGACCUUGAACUGUUUUCUAAUCAAUUGAGUGGAGAAAUUCCGCUUGAGAUGUGGAAGAUUCGACAUCUCGAGCAUCUGUUUGUGUAUAAUAAUAGCCUUUCUGGUGAACUUCCUGUGGAGAUGACAGAGCUCAAGAACCUUAAGAACAUUUCAUUGUUUAAUAACAUGUUCUCUGGAGUUAUACCUCAAAGCUUGGGAAUUAACAGCAGUUUGGUGCAGUUGGACUUUGUAAACAAUAGGUUCACUGGCAACCUGCCACCAAAUCUUUGUUUUGGAAGAAACUUGAGUGUUUUGAAUAUGGGAAUCAAUCGAUUUCGAGGAAGAAUACCUCCUGAUGUUGGAAGAUGCACAACUCUAAGAAGGAUCAUUCUUAAACAAAACAAAUUUACUGGGCCUCUUCCUGAUUUUGAAAGGAAUACAAAUCUGUUAUACAUGGAGAUCAGCAACAACGAAAUCAACGGGUCAAUUCCAUCCAGUUUAGGAAACUGCACGAAUCUCACGGAUUUAAUGUUGUCCGCGAACAAACUUAGCGGCCGUAUACCACCGGAGUUGGGAAGACUUGUUAAUCUUCGGACGCUGGAUUUCAGUCAUAAUAACUUAGAAGGUCCUUUACCUUUUCAGCUCUCAAACUGUACCAAAAUGGACAAGUUUGAUGUGGGAUUUAACUUCCUGAAUGGUUCAUUGCCGUCGAGUUUGCAGAAGUGGACAAGGCUAAACACACUACUUUUGAAUGAGAAUCGUUUUAGUGGCGGCAUUCCAGAGUUCUUGUCGGCUUUUAAAGAUCUUUCUGAACUACAGCUUGGCGGAAAUAUGUUUGGAGGGGAAAUUCCUACCUCGGUUGGGACGUUGCAGAAUUUGAUCUACGGGUUGAAUCUAAGUUCUAAUGGCCUGAUAGGAGACAUACCUGUGGAAAUUGGAAAACUGAAAAGUCUACAAAUGAUGGAUCUUUCUCGGAACAAUUUGACAGGAAGCAUACAAGUUCUUGACGAACUCCUUUCGUUAGUCGAAAUCAAUCUUUUGAACAAUUCUUUUCAGGGUCCCAUACCGAAGAUGCUCAUGAAGCGGUUUAAUUCUCAACUGUCAUCAUUUUCGGGGAAUCCCGGGCUAUGUAUCAGUUGUUCACCAUCCAGUGGCUUGGUUUGCAACGAAAGCAGCCAUGUAAACCCAUGUAACAACAACAAACCUAUGAAUAACAAAGGCCUCGGUAAAAUUGCAAUUGUGAUGAUAGCGCAAGUCCAUAUUACUGAUAAUGGAGGUACUUCGUCCCUUCUUAACAAAGUUAUGGAGGCUACAUCGAACCUAAGUGAUCGGUAUAUUAUCGGAAGAGGAGCCCAUGGAGUUGUUUAUAAAGCCCGUGUAAGCCAAGACAAAGCUUUUGCCGUAAAGAAGCUAGCAUUUGCUGCUAGCAAAGGUAAGAACUUGAGCAUGGUUAGAGAAAUUCAAACCCUUGGACAAAUUAAGCAUCGAAAUCUUGUGAAAUUGGAAAACUUUUGGUUGAGACAAGAUUAUGGUCUAAUUUUGUAUAGCUACAUGCCAAAUGGAAGCCUCUAUGAUGUCUUGCAUGAAAAGGAGCCAGCACCGUCUUUAGAGUGGAACGUUCGGUAUAAGAUAGCUAUUGGAAUUGCUCAUGGAUUGACUUACCUCCAUUAUGACUGCGAUCCUCCCAUAGUGCACCGAGACAUCAAACCAAACAACAUACUUCUAGACUCGGAUAUGGAGCCUCACAUUGCAGACUUUGGUAUUGCCAAAGUUUUGGACCAGUCCUCUACAUCGAAUUCUUCGUUAUCUGUGCCUGGCACAAUCGGUUAUAUUGCACCAGAGAAUGCUUAUACAACAGUAAGUAGUAGGGAGUGUGAUGUGUACAGCUAUGGAGUAGUUUUACUUGAGCUGAUAACGAGAAAGAAGGUAGUCGAUCCAUCGUUUACGGAGGGUACUGAUUUAGUGAGUUGGGUUAGAUUGUUGUGGAGUGAAACAGAAGAAAUUAGUCAAAUUGUUGAUUCAAGCCUUGCAAAUGAGUGUCUAGAUACCAAUAUAAUGGAAAAUGUUACCGAAGUUCUUAUGGUAGCUUUGAGAUGUGUUGAGAAUGAUCCACACAAGAGGCCAAAAAUGACAGAUGUUACUAAGGAGUUAUCAGAUUCUAAUCCACAGAAAAAAAAAGUAAGAAGGGCUAGAUUUGUAAAAGAUAUCUAA